AUGUUCUCCACAAAGUCCGUCCAAUCGCUGAGGAAGCUUUUCGCCGGAUACCACGAACCCCUACCCAUAUCCAAGCAGCAGUCGCAAAAGCUCCUUGAUGGCAUCAAGGCGUCCUUUCGUAGCCAGUUGGACCGCGAAUAUGGACGCUCUUCCUCUGAUCACACCCCUGCGCCAACCAAAUCUACUGGAGAGACCAGCCCUCAGGCCCGUCGCUCCGCUGCGUCUUUACAUUUGAAAUCCGUUCUAUCAAAUCCUCUAUUCAGCUACAACAACAAGGAGAACACGCCCCCCUUGCCAAAGGCGCUAUGGGUGCCAGAUCGUGAUCCGAUGGAUGUUUUUGAUCAUGCCGUGUCUAGGGGUAUGAUGACGCUCAAGGCUGCCACGGGCUGUCUGGUGGCCAAGGGGCAACAGCUGUCAAACGCUUCGGACGCGAAUCUUCUAGCGACGUCUUCAGAUACCGCCCUCCGAGUUGUUCGAUGGCUUCGAUCAUCUGGAGCGGAGAGUAACUUUCUCUUCCUAGACAAUACGGCCUUUGUUCGGGCGCUUGUGCCCUUCCUUAUUGCUGAAAAUAUGGAGUCUGUGGCGUGGGAAUGGAUUACGCGGGCUAUGAAUGAAUCUAGAGAUAUCGGCGAGGAGCAGCGCAUCGCUCGUGCGUCUUCCUUGUUGUCGCAAAUCGUUCGCAUCAAGAGCCAGGCCCAAUACGGCAACCUGAACGCUGCCAUACAGGCGAUCCUCGAAGCAGAGCAGCUCUUCCAGCACAACCCUUCUCUACCAAAACUGCUGGUCCAGCCAUGGAGAUCGGUGUCGUGGCUAUCUACGGUAGAAUCAUACAGCAGGGAAAUGCCGUCAGAAAAGCUUUUUGAAGCUCACUUGGCCACGGCUGAUCGCUUGUCACGGCCAUUUCCCGUAGAGAUGGCACAUUUGCAUUUAUACCACCCAACGCAUCCCGACCACCUCCCUGCCCUGGAGUUCUUCAACGACAAGAAGAGGCUGCGCAAGCUGGUGCGGGCCUUGGGCCCAGAUAAGCUGAAUCUUACCAAAUUCACGGGCAUGGGCACCAUUCCGUGGAUUGCCUUUCUGGGCCACGACACUGUCAACCAUUUAAAGCAAUCUGGGAGGAGCGAAGAAGCACGCGGCAUCACGCAGUUGUUACGAUCAGAGCUGUCCGAUAUCUUUUCUGAAACUUUAACACCGGCGUGA